CCACGCUCCUUCGCUUCUCCUCCACAAACGCGCUCACUUUUGUCCACUACUUCUGAUUGCUGCGUUUGACCGCGGUGAAGUCCAUGGAGAAUCGCGCUAAAAUACGAAAAGGCACAUGAGAUUUUGUAAUGUCAUCUUGUCCUAGAGAAAAGAGACGGGAAGGAUAACAAAAGAAAACAGAAGAGUAAUUGGAGGUGUGUGUCCGGACUCUAUCACCCUGCUGCCGUUAUCAUGAGUUGGAGCUUCCUGACUCGUUUAUUGGAGGAGAUCCACAAUCACUCCACGUUUGUGGGGAAGAUCUGGCUCACUGUGCUCAUUGUGUUUCGAAUAGUGCUGACAGCCGUUGGAGGGGAAUCCAUCUACUAUGAUGAACAAAGCAAGUUUGUCUGUAACUCAGCCCAGCCCGGCUGUGAGAAUGUGUGCUAUAAUGCCUUUGCACCUCUCUCCCAUGUCCGAUUCUGGGUUUUUCAAAUUAUUCUGGUGGCUACACCAUCGCUCAUGUACCUGGGCUAUGCAGUUAACAAAAUUGCCCGCUCGGAAGAGAAGGCAGGCAGUUCCCCUCGGAGGAAACCCAGAAAGCCUUAUCUGUCGGGCAGACAACAGCACCGAGCUCUGGAGGAGGCUGAGGGUGACCAGGAGGAGGACCCCAUGAUCUAUGAAAUGGCUGAAGUCGACCAAAACCCUGUGCCCAAAGGCAGCCCUGACUGUCAGGAAAAAUCCAAGCCCCGCCAUGACGGGCGUCAACGCAUCAGACAGGAUGGCCUCAUGCGCAUUUAUGUGCUGCAGCUCCUGGCCCGCUCCGUGCUGGAGGUGGCCUUUCUCUGUGGACAGUACGCUCUCUAUGGGUUUGCGGUCCCUCCCACCUACGAGUGCACCGACUCCCCCUGUCCUCACCGUGUGGACUGCUUUGUGUCCCGUCCCACGGAAAAGACCAUCUUCCUCCUGAUCAUGUACACUGUCUCUCUGCUUUGUUUGAGCCUAAACAUUUGGGAGCUGCUACACUUGGGUAUUGGGACAGUGUGUGAAAUAGUGCGCUCGCGACAAAUGCAGUUAGAUGAAGAGGAACUGUGCCGCCUGACCAAGGGACUGGGGGCUUUUAGUGAAACUGACCUGAACAGAGAACAGUACAGCUCAUACCCCUACUCAUGGAACGCCCCCUCUGCUCCACCGGGCUACAACAUUGCCAUCAAGCCUCUUCUGGUGUCCACAGGCCCUCGGGACCAGCUGCUGCCUAUCACUGACCUCAACAACUCCAAGAUGACAUGUCGCCAGAACCACGUCAACAUUGCACAAGAGGAACGCCAACACUGCUGCAACAACAACGAAAACCUGUGCCACACGGGCUUGAGAGACAGUGCUAAGGGACUACACAAGGAACUAGGCGAGCAUAAGAACAAACUAGAGGCAGAGAAACAGGUUUACAACAAACAGCAAAGCCACAGUAACAACCAGAGCAAACAGCAGAGAGAGAGGAGGCAGAAACAGCCCUCCAAGCACACAGCCAAAGAGGACACGGACAGGGGCAGCAGCAGCACCAGCAGCAAAUAUGGAGAAAUAAAGGGGUCAGAGUGGAUCUAAAACCAAACUGUUAUGUCUUGAAGUUAUAGGCAGUAUUCCCAAGUCCAGAGGUUCUCAUGUGUUUCAGAUGGCGUAAAGUCCACCUUUAGUAAUUUCUAUAUACCCUCUAUCAUGAGUCUUGAGUUGUCUAAGCCAAGACAUUAACAGAGGAAGUCAAUAGAUUUGCUAAUAAAUUCGAGCCAGCAAGGGACAAUAUAGGGCCAAAACCUUGAUUGUUAUUGUUAGCCAAAAACAAAACAAAAAGAUAAACUACCUAUAAUCCAUCUAAGCCAAUGUGGCAAAGAAAACUAAAACAAUUAGUUUAAUAAUAAAAGAAAGAAAUAAAAUGUGUUAAAUGAGGCUGUUAAUGUACAGUUUUGCCUUUGAAAAUUGUUGAUCUGAGAUGAUGUGUUUGAGAUGUGUUUGUCAUUGCAGAUCCUUCUGUGAUGAGUAUCUUACUUAAGAGGCAAAGAACGUGUAUGGUUGAUACUUUUACUUUAAUUUCAUUAUGUCCUUAUGCAAACUAGCCCUUGGCGGCUAUUCAGGGUCCAUUUUCAAGCAGUAUCUUAAUUCAUAAUUUGGUGGUAAUAUUUGGAUGACAAUUGUUGUGAGUUAUGUAGUUAUAUUGUGACAGAAUUGUCCGUUAAUGUUUGGUUUGUUAAAGCAAGUUUAUUUUGGAAGGUACUACUCAAACCAGACCUGGGAGA